AAAAUCAAACAGAACCGGAGUGUCAGAUUCAGAAACAAUAGGCAGCAGCUAGAGCAAGCAGCAUCGCAGCAUCGCAGCAGACGCCACCGUCACGCCACCGCGCCGAGAGAGAAAAGCCGAGCGGUGGCAGGCGAGGGGACGCCUGCCGCGGUGGGUUGGUGGGUGCCGCCUCCGCAUCCGGUGCCGCUGCUCUGUUCCUCAGUCCGCCCCCAUUUACCUCGCAUGGAUUCCUGCUUGCUUCUCCCCAACUCCACGCGCCGAUCCUCCAACCUCCAGGAGAGCGCGACGCGAUCCAAUUGAGGUCCAGGAGGUGGAGGGUGCCUGCGCUGUCCGUGUGUUCCCCUUUGUUUCCAUCCCAAGCCUGGCCGCGCCGCCGCUGGACGCCAUCGCGCGCCUGCACAGCGUCUUGGUGAGGUGGUCGAAGCAGCGGCGGCGGCCGCAGCUCGGGAGACCCGGCGCGAGGAAGCGGUGGCCGAGCCGGCGGAGCGCGAUGCUGUGGGUGGCGCGCCUGUCCGGCUUGUUAUCCGCCGCCAUGGUGGUGGUGGUGCUGUCGCCGUCGCUCCAGUCCUUCCCGCCCGCCGAGGCCAUCCGGUCGUCGCAGUUCGACGGCAGCGUCCGCUUCCCGGGACAGAUCGCAGGGGGCGCCAGGGGGGUCGCCUUCCGCCGCGCCCCGCCGUUCCGCAAUGCCGCCGACUGCGGCGCCGGCGCGGACAACGGCACCGGCGCCAAUGUCUGCGACCCAUGGCUCGUCCACAUCGCGAUUACGCUCGACAACGAAUACCUGAGGGGCUCCGUCGCCGCGGUCCACUCGGUGGUGCAGCACGCCAGGUGCCCCGAGAGCGUCUUCUUCCACUUCCUCGUCUCCGACCCGGGGCUCGGGGACCUCGUCCGCGCGGUGUUCCCGCAGCUCCGGUUCAAGGUCUACUACCUGGACCCCGGGCGCGUCCGCGGGCUCAUCUCCACGUCGGUGCGGCAGGCGCUGGAGCAGCCGCUGAACUACGCGCGCAACUACCUGGCCGAGCUCCUGGAGCCGUGCGUGCGCCGCGCCAUCUACCUGGACUCCGACCUCGUCGUCGUGGACGACGUCGCCAAGCUGUGGCGCACCGACCUCGGCGGGCGCACCGUGGGCGCGCCCGAGUACUGCCACGCCAACUUCACCAAGUACUUCACGGGGCGGUUCUGGUCGGACCAGCGGUUCGCCGGGACGUUCGCGGGGCGGCGGCCGUGCUACUUCAACACGGGCGUCAUGGUGGUCGACCUGGAGCGGUGGCGGCAGGCGGGCUACACGCAGCGCAUCGAGCGGUGGAUGGAGGUACAGAAGUCGGCGGCGGGGCGCAUCUACGAGCUGGGGUCGCUGCCGCCCUUCCUGCUGGUGUUCGCGGGGCACGUGGCGCCGAUCGAGCACCGGUGGAACCAGCACGGCCUCGGCGGCGACAAUGUCCUGGGCAGCUGCCGCGACCUGCACCCGGGGCCCGUGAGCCUGCUGCAUUGGUCCGGGUCCGGCAAGCCGUGGGCGCGGCUGGGCGCCGGGCGGCCGUGCCCGCUCGAUGCGCUCUGGGCACCCUUCGACCUGUACGACCCCGGCGGCGGCGCCGAGGAGUCCCCGUACAAAUUCUGAGCUCCUGAUUUCUUGCUCUCCAUUUACCUACAUGUUUUUUUAUUCGCAAAAAACAGACUAUAUGUUCUCCAUCCUUUUCUUCUUCUUCUUCUUCUUUUUUCCCCUCUGGGCUGUUGGAUUAAAUGUUUUGUGUUAGAUUGUUCAUGUUCGUUCUCGGUGAGCCCUUCUUCCGUUCCUUUUUGAUCGCUUUGUUACUAAAACCGCUUGUAUCCUACUCUACAGAGCUGCAGGCUUGCAGCCUCAUCACCAUAAAUAAAAAAGGAAUAGAG